AUGGGGCAGUCACCUGAGCGGGCUGUGGGGGACGUGGCCACCGACUCACAGGCGCUCUAUAUUCUCGUUAAAGCACCAAGUCUUUGUGAAAGUGGCAAAAGGUACAUCCCGCCUCACAUGGGGCAAGAUCGGGGGACAGUGGGCACCCAGAAGACGGAAGAACUGGAAAGGCUGAAGAAACAUGUGAAAGGGCUGAUUAACAGGCUGAGUGAGCCAAACAUGGCGUCCAUCAGUGGACAGCUGGAAGAGCUGUACAUGGCCCACAGCAGGAAGGACAUGAAUGACACCCUGACGGCCGCCCUUUUGGAUGCCUGCGUCACUGCCUCGGCCAUGCCCAGCCGCCUGAUGAUGGAGCACGUUCUCUUAGUCAGCAUCCUUCACCACACAGUUGGCAUUGAGGUUGGCGCUCACUUUCUGGAGGCCGUGGUGAGGAGGUUUGACGGUGCCUACAGAAGGGAAGGGCAAGGGAAGGAGCGUGAGAACCUGUUCACCAUCGUUGCCCAUCUGUACAACUUCCGCGUGGUGCAGUCGUGCCUCAUCUUUGACGUUUUGAAGAAACUUGUUGGAACUUUCACGGAAAAAGAUAUUGAACUGAUCUUGUUAAUGCUAAAAAAUGUGGGCUUUUCACUGAGGAAAGAUGAUGCCGUAUCGCUUAAGGAGCUCAUCGGUGAAACCCAGAGCAAGGCCAGCGGCGCCAGCGGCGAGUUCCAGGACCAGACCAGGAUUCGGUUUAUGCUAGAGACGAUGUUGGCACUGAAGAACAAUGACAUGCGCAAGAUUCCGGGCUACGAUCCCGAGCCUGUGGAGAAACUGAGGAAAUUACAAAGAGCUUUGGUACGCAACUCCGGCUUAGGUUCUGAGACUCAGCUUCGAGUUUCCUGGGACAACAUCUUGAAUGCUGAACAGACGGGUCGCUGGUGGAUCGUGGGGUCCGCCUGGAGUGGGGCCCCAAUGAUCGACAAUAGUCAUCAUUUGCACCCGCAGAAGCAGCUUUCAGGGACGGUUGGCUCAGAGAUCCUGGAACUCGCCCGCAAGCAGCGGAUGAACACCGACAUCAGGAGAAACGUGUUCUGUACAAUAAUGACGAGCGAAGAUUUUCUGGAUGCUUUUGAGAAGCUUCUAAAGCUUGGACUAAAGGAUCAGCAGGAGCGAGAAAUAGUUCAUGUUCUCAUGGAUUGCUGCCUUCAAGAGAAAACUUACAAUCCCUUCUAUGCAUUCUUGGCCAGCAAGUUUUGUGACUAUGAAAGGAGAUUUCAGAUGACUUUCCAGUUCAGCAUAUGGGACAAAUUUCGGGACUUAGAAAAUUUGCCAGCUACUAAUUUCUCUAACUUGGUUGAUCUGGUGGCCCACCUAUUGAAGACAAAAUCACUUUCACUUUCCAUCUUAAAGGUAGUUGAAUUCAGUGAACUGGAUAAACCCAGAGUCCACUUUUUACGAAAAGUAUUAAAUAUAUUAUUAAUGGAAACAGAAGUUGAAGACCUUGGUUUAAUUUUUGCAAGAGUGUCUGACAACCCAAAGCUGGGGAUGCUACGAGAAGGUUUGAAGCUUUUCAUUAGCCACUUCUUGCUAAAGAACGCACAGGCCCACAAAAGUGCUGCUGAAGCCAACAUGCUGAGAGAGAGAGCCGACCUUGUGACAAAGUCUCUGCAAGGAAAAGCGUCCCUGAGAAUGUAGGCAGGGACAGGAGUGGAGGGUGGUCCUUUGAUGGUAAAAUGUCCUUACAAACCCAAAGGCCUGCUCUGUUGUCUGUGUGUAAGAGCUUGGGGGAGCUGUACCCCUGUUGUUUUAAAAUAUUAUAUUUUGUGAUAAUUUUUUGAUCCAAGGUCAUAUUGUUUGGGUUUUUAACCAUUUUCAAAUAACUAUAUACAUUGGGGGUGGGGAAAAGAAGGAGGGAGGGAGGGAAGGGGGCAGACACUGGACAGAGUGUGCGUGAUGUCU